AUUUUGGUGAACUGCACUGCGGGACUUUCGUUUACUGUCUUCUUCGGAAUGGUCUCGAGAACACUGUCGGCGUCGGUAGCUCGUUCACUCAGGACUGCAGCGCGCAAUCCUCGGCCUUUGCGGUCAUUUGCCACAGCUGUGAACAUUCCAUCUCCCAUCACGCAAACCACAACUCUUUCCAAUGGCCUAACUGUCGCAACAGAGUCUCAUCCUCAUGCUCAGACCGCAACAAUUGGCGUCUGGAUUGAUGCCGGUUCGCGUGCCGAGACUGACAAAACUAAUGGCACUGCCCACUUCCUCGAGCAUAUGGCCUUCAAGGGCACCAAGCGUCGCAACCAACACGCGUUGGAGCUCGAGGUCGAGAACCUUGGCGCACACCUAAAUGCGUACACUUCUCGCGAGCAGACCGUGUACUAUGCAAAGAGCUUCCGAAAGGAUGUUCCGAUCGCCGUUGAUAUCAUUUCCGAUAUUCUACAGAAUUCCAAAUUGGAGACUACAGCUGUUGAGAGGGAACGUGAUGUCAUCCUUCGAGAGCAGCAGGAGGUCGACAAGCAGCUCGAAGAGGUUGUAUUCGAUCACCUUCAUGCUGUUGCUUUCCAACACCAACCGCUUGGUCGUACCAUCCUUGGCCCCAAAGCCAACAUCCUUUCCAUCAAGCGCGACGACCUUGAUUCCUACAUCAAAACCAACUACACCGCCGAUCGCAUGGUUCUCGUUGGUGCUGGAGGUGUUGACCACCAGGAGCUGGUGAACCUUGCUGAAAAGCAUUUCUCUUCGCUUCCCGUCUCACAGAACCCGAUCCCUCUCGGCCGUCUUGCUCAUGCCCGGUCAAACUUUGUCGGUUCAGACGUUCGUCUCCGUGAUGACGCAAUUCCUUGUGCACACGUCGCCAUUGCCGUUGAGGGUGUCGGUUGGAGCUCACCUGACUACUUCCCCAUGCAGGUCAUGCAGAGCAUCAUGGGCAACUGGGAUCGCUCUCUCGGCGCAUCUCCUCUCCUCUCCUCUCGUCUUUCCCACGUUAUCUCCUCGAACAACCUUGCUAACUCAUUCAUGUCCUUCUCGACGUCUUACUCCGACACCGGUCUCUGGGGUAUUUACCUAGUAUCCGAGAACCUCAUGAACCUUGACGAUAUGGCACAUUUCACUCUGAAGGAAUGGUGCCGCAUGUCUAUGGCUCCGACUGAUGUCGAGGUCGAGCGCGCCAAGAGCCAGCUCAAAGCCGGCCUGUUGCUCUCUCUUGACGGGACGACUGCUAUUGCCGAGGAUAUUGGAAGGCAACUCGUCACUACUGGUCGCCGUCUCACCCCUCAGCAGAUCGAGUCUGCCGUCGAUGCUGUGACCACGGAUGAGAUCAAGCGCGUUGCACAGAAAUACCUGUGGGACAAGGACAUCGCUAUUGCAGCUCUUGGCCCGCUCGAUGGUCUUCUUGAUUACAACCGCAUUCGCUCAGACAUGUCGUCCAUGAUAUAUUAAAGGAUGAUCAGGUGUGAUUGUUAUUGGGACGCUAGCUAGACGAUAUGCUGUUCGCUGUUGUUCUUUCCGAGUAGAUGGCGGAAUAAAUGACGUUUAAUACCUUCAUAAUUUUCUGUCAGCAAAUUGAUUAUGGUGACCUGUGCAGGUUGUCGACCAAAUUUCCAUCGUGAGUAAUCACAUUAACGGGUUGUUGCUCCUUUC